CGGAAUCAUUUGAGGUUUUUGAUGUCGUACUAAUGCAUCUCGAGUCCAUCGGUAAGCAUUGUAAGAUACAACGACGUCGUUUGAUUGAUUCUCAGUAGAUCGGUGAUGUGUGAGUAUGGAUACAAGCACCGCCCUUUCCUGACCUAUGGCCCCUUUAUUUGUUUUCACUCGAGACACAACAGCUUACAUGACGUAGUUGAUCAUGAGACAUCCACAUUACCAUGCGCUCUUAUGAUUUGACCUCCAGGCCAAGUUAGAGAUAAAUUAUGAUGUUAUUUUUUCGCAGGACUAGAGAAACAACGCACCAUUUUUAAACGGUCACGCAGCACAUCUUGAACUUGAUCUUAUAUUAAUCUUCACAGUAACUACACUUGUAACAACGAACUACAACUAUCUUCCUCAAGAAGAUGUCACUCCUUAUCUUCCGUGCUUCGGGCGAUGUGAUGCGUGUGCCAGUUCCGGCCACGUAUCUCAACCGCGAGUUGGUACCUGGAUCGCCGACAAGUGCGCCGGCAAGUCCUGCUAGCUCACCCGCAAGCCCGAAUGCGGGAGUUGCGACAAGUGGACCGAGUAGUCCUCUAGCACAAGCACAUGAGCAAGCCUCUGGUGCGAGCGGCACCACGACUGAAACAACAGGCCAAGUAGUAGAACAAGAUGAUCACCACGCGGUAACAGGAUUAAGCAGCUCAAGCUCAGCCAGCAGUUCAUCAAAAGCUGGUGCCGCUGGUAACGACGUCGCCGUAGCUGACUACAAUGCGAAGACGAAUGAUCAAGUCAACAAUAAUGAAAAACAAAAAGCUGGAUCAAUCUCAACCUCGGGUCAGAAAAGCGUUGAUCAUGAUACUGGCAACAACAAACAGGCCGCUCAAAAGAAAUUGAAUAAGGACAAGGGUGGACCAUCUCCUCGUGCGUCUUCAUCUUCUCCCACAAAGGGUUUAGGGUUCGCGACUUCUUCUCCGAGUGCUCGAAAGAAAACUUCCACGAGCCAGAUUCGAGCAUCCUCUUCUUCCAGAGCAGAGGGGACGUCAUCGUCAAGACGGAAUCAGGGGAAUCUGUCAUCUCCUUCCUCAAGAGAUACUUCGUCAAGACGGGAUCGCGAACAAAUCGAGUCGGAUUCCUGGAUGCAAAGGCAGCUGUCGCGAUCACUGCUGCACCGAACCCAGCGAGCAUUUGUGGAGAACUACUGGUCCAGAUUUGAUCAUAGUAAGAGCGACACUGACGGGGAAAAUAAUUUGAAGCGACUGCCGGGAAUGCUGUCGUCGAGAUUCAAUACAACAGCUGGUAAUAAAGCAGUAGAUGUCGAUUCACAAGUUGUCACGGGAGGUCUAGGAGGAGCACCUACAAGUAGUUUGUUAGGUAGUGAAGUGCAGGUGCAAGAUGUUGAUGAUGGCACUGCCUCUCGUGACCAGCAUGUAGAAGACGUGGACUCAUCGAGAGCGCCAGGUCGUGCCGGUGGCCCACGUCGGCUUUUAGUAGAGCAGAAACAACGUGAAGCAACUAGCGAUCCUGAGUUGGACGUAAGAGCAGGUGGAAGGAGUGGACCGCAACAGGUAGAGUUCAUCAACGAGCUAAAUCUGAGGUACAACACGCGCUUGUACAACAAUCCCGCAAACAUUGCGGGGAUCAGCAAAGAACGAAUGCGAGAAAUUACACUCCUACAACGCAGCGCGAACGGAUCGGCUUCGAGUUCUGGAACCGAAGACCAUGACGUUGGGACAGGGACUGGCACGGAUAAAGAAAAAGAAACUUCCAGUACCACCUUAAACAAGAUGAAGAAGGACAAAGAAGGCACUGGCGUGGUUAGCGAAGACUUGCAAGAAGUAGAAGGGCAACGGCAAGAAGCUAGUAGUAGUGCGUCUUCAAAAAAGAAAUCCUUCGCAGUCAUAUCCUCUUCGAAUGCUUCAGGGUCGAGCAGUGUGCACUCCACUCCACGUGGUAUCUUGGAUGGUGCUCCUGGAAUCGAUGGACCUCCGCAAUUGGUAGGUACCGGCGCUGGGCCUGGACCGCUAGUAGUUCUUGGAGGCAAUAAUGAAAAUCUGUUGGUGCAAAGAUUUGGACAGAACCGUGGUGGUCAUCUUGAGACAGAUCAGGAAGAGCAAGAUGUUGAUGUCGAUCAUGAGAUAGCUGUUGCAGACGAUGCUCGUCGAGCAGCAGGUGCAGCAGGUUUGAUAGAGCAGGCUUUACCACCAAGAAUCCCACCUCCUGCAGCAGGCGCACCUCUAAAUCUUGGAAAUAAUCAAGUAGAUUAUGGUGGAAUCAUUGUGAAUGCUGCAACAGGACAAGCAGCAGGGCCGUUUGGAAUCCACCGCACCGGUGGACCGGAAGCACCCGGGAGUUCCCCAUCGCAUCAUCUCAAGAGGGAUGACGAUGAGGACCAACUACACCGACGCAAGCAUUCUACAGAAGCGAUUUCGAUGCCAUGGUCAACGAAAUUGGAUGAAGACGACGACUUUCCACCUACAAACCCUGGUGGUGGCUCUAGUAGUAGUACACAGAUUCCUGGAUCUUCACCGACAGGAGGCUCCGCCGCGUCACCGAUUGUUGGUGACGCCCGACCCGCACCAGCCGAUGCAGCCGCGACUGCAGAUGUUGAUUGGGAAGCUGGUGGAUUCCCGUUUCAACCUACACAACGGGCUAGCACUCUGCCAGAACAUGAUGGACCUCUACAACUACCGCAUGGAACAACUCCCGAUGUUGAACUUGGACAAGAGAAUGGAGGGAGGUCUGUGGCGAACUACAAGAAUGUUGACCACUCUGAAUUCACUACAGCACGCGGUGCUGGUGCACACGCGGCAAAGGCUGUUCAGUGGGGUGACGAGGUGGAUUGUAUUGGUGAUUUUGGUCAACAGCAGGGUGCGGCAGGCUACGUUGAUAAUCCCUAUGACGAGGCGCAUUUCGAGGAGUCAACGUUUCCAGAUGCUAAUGAGUGCACUCUGACAGUAAGAGAAGCACGCUUCCUAGUGGCGCAGGCACUCUCGCAUUUUGACGGACGGAAAGUGCCUGUGAAUCUGUGCUAUCUCAUCGACAUGGACAGCGACGAGGGACAUGUGAUGACGGAUCAAGAGCUUAUUAGGGACUACAAUUUCACGGCACUGCUGGUGAUCCAGACGAAAGACUAUCUGCAGGUACCUAUGAAUUAUAAUCACUCAUUUACAUUUUCUACAGGAGAAAUAGACCGACACUGACGCACGAGUUUCUACACCUACAACUGGGGUUUUCGUGAUAGAUUUACCUCUUCUUUUUUUCAAGUAGUCGUGCGUCCAUGUGAGGAUUGAUUAUGAUAUGGAGUCAAAAACUGUAUUCAUAUUCAAAAACUUGAAAAAGAAACUUUUCGCCAUGACGCUGGCAGACUGCAGACAAAGCAUCAUAAGGAGCCAGCAGCAGAAAUUAGCCGAAGGUGGGAACUGUGGCAGAAGGCAAGAACCCAGAGGAAGCGGCGAAGCCCAGAGGGCCGCUCCUUGCGAGUCUGCCGAAGCCAGCGCCCGACCUCUACGACUGCGCGAAGCCAGCGCCCUAAACCCUAAACCCUUUUUUUCAAGUAGUCGUCCAUGUGAUGAUUGAUUAUGAUUUCCAACUCACUUACAACUUUGAGCACCACAUCAACCACGACAACAGGACGGCAAAUACGAGUCUCUUGCCGCAGCUUUGCUGCAUGAGGAGGAUCUUGAGACCAGCUAUGAGAUCGUCUACCAAAUGAGCGAGGAAGAGCUGAACCAGUACACGACAUUUGACAAGGACGUGCAGACACACAUCUUGUAUGACGUGACUCGAAAUACGAAAACGCCCCUUGCCAAAACGUAUCAAGCGUUGGCGAUAGUUGAUAGUGGGAGGUUUCGAUAUCCUCCUUGUGAUUUGACCCAUGGGCGAGAUGGAUACUAUGACAACAUUCUAGUGGCUAUUAUUCGGGUCUUAGGCUGGAGUCAGCCGACGGGAGCACUCGGAGAUCGUUUGGUGCGGAUUGGUACUUUUUUUCAUCGAACAAGAUUUCAGAGAGGAUUCCUUUUUUCUGAGACGGGCUUACAACUUACUGUUCAGUUGUCCGUCGUAGAUAUAAAAUCAUUCUCAUUAUUUUUUACAUGAUCCUUGAUCCUUCUACUUGGCGCAAGAAACGACAAAAACUCACUACAACAACACUACAGCCCGCCUGAUCCUGGACUCACCGUACACGAAUAAGCAAGACUUGCUUGUGAACAAGCUGUCCGAUGUGAACGAGACAGCGCUGAUGCUUGCGGUCCGAUGUAGGAAUUUCGCACUUUUCAAGCUGAUCCUUGAAUUCGCCAUGCGGCAUGACUGCGCUUCAGAGCUUGUGUCCAUCCGCGAGUCCAUUGGAGGCCACGAGACAGCGUUUCUGUUCGCAGCCAAAGAGGGGUGUCCGGACAUCUUCCAGUUCAUGCUCAAGAAUGCUAAGCGGUUCAGCAUUGACAUCAACCAGAAAAGCGAAUACGGACUUUCCGCGUUUUUGUUUGCCGCGAGUAACAACCAGGUGGAUAUCUGCAAGAUGCUGAUGGAGGAGCCGGGUUUUACAGGGGUGAACGACAAGUGCCGUGACGGAUGCAACGCGUUCUUGUAUGCUUGUUCGCACUACGGGUCACUGCAGAUGUGCAGGCUGUUGCUAGAGGGAAAAGUAAGAGUCCCAGCACCUCCGAUCGUGCAAAAAGCAGAACAAGGUGGUCCGGCAACCGCGACGAGUCCGACGAGUGAACCUGGUCGUGGAGCAGAGGGAACAACAGGCGUUCUCGGACUCGGAGGUGGUAAUAGAGGAACAAACACUCGAACUAGCACCAAUGGUCUAGACCUGGUCGCGGAUCUAGCGAAUGCUAUGGGUGCUACUACAGGAGGUAAUGCAACGAGAGGCGUGGUAGCAGACACUAUCUUCGAACAAGUUCCAACUGGUGCGACUGCUGCAGCUGCAACAAGAAAUCUCCAUGAAGGAGCGCCGGCGCCACGACCUCCAGGGAUGCAUGGCGACGUUGAAGCACAACAUGUAGACUCUACAACUGGACAAGAGGGAGCAUUGCAUAAUGGUUCGACAUCAUCGUCUGCUACUCCAUCCUCUCAAGAUCUUGUUGGAGCUACAAGCACAGCUCGACGACCUCCUUCGAUUGACCCAACCACCUCCACUGAGCCGUCAGAUUUCUCAAAGUUGAAAAACACAGAUGAGAGACUUCUACCAGAUGAUGUGGAAGCUAGCCGUGAACUCAGUGGAGUUAGUGCUGAGCACCAGAACAAGCAGAAGCAAGUUCUUCCCCUUCCGAUUCCCCCAGAGCAUGAAGAUUCUGACAUUGAAUCGAAGAAGAGUGGGAGUUCUGGGAAGCAGACUUCUGGGAGUUCCGCUUCAUGCAGUGGCGACCACCCCACAAUGCCAGGUAUAGAAUUGCCGCUUGAAGAUCCAACUUUCUCCGCCUUCGCGACGCCAACUCGGGCACCCAGAACAAUGGGUGGUGCGGGUGGUCGAGUGAACAAUAUAGGUGGAGGUGGUCUUCUUGUUCUUGCUGGUCCAUCUGCUCCUGAAGUAGAGGUGAUCAAAUUGAGUAGCAAGAACACAGAAGCAGGAGGUGCAGCACCUCCAGGUUUGAUAGGAAGUGAUGGCGUAGCAGCUAUGUCUUCUACGUCUAGUGAGACCGUGGACUUGCCAGACGACGUGAACGCAGACCCUCCGCCACCUUUUAUGAGUGAAGAACAGGUCGCAUUUGAGGACGAUGCGGAGUUUGAAUACAGUCCUGAUCUGGAGGAUCUUCAGUUCUAUGCAGCAACGAUGGGAAUCGCGCCAGCAGAUAGGGGAAAUCAGGCUCUCCUCGACGAUGCAGAUGCUAUAGUCCAUGGCAGAGCAGCGGGAAGGAGGGCAAUGGCGAGGGCUCAAGCUGCUGGUGCAGCUCAUCAACGAAGAGGUAUAGAUACAACUGGUGCUGGCGCUGAGAAUGUUGAGAUGAAUGAAGGGAAUGGAAAUGUUACAACGACAACUUCUACAGCCGUGCCUGUUGUAACCGGUCGUGCUGCUCCACCUCCUCCUGCAGAAAUAGAUGAGCCGAAUGCAGCCAUGAACCAAUUAGACUACGACGUUGACGAUGAAGUUGGUGCGACUCCUGUGGCACUGCAAGGGUCGUUUGCUCCAUUUCGCGGUUUUCCAGAUGAGCGUGAUCUCAGAGCGAGACGAGAACGUGCGCAAGAACGGCUAGUUCGUGCACUUGGACAACAGCAAGAUGGGGGAGCAGGAGGACCACAAGUAGGAGCUCCACCAGAUGAAGGUGGCGUUGACAAUCACGCUGAUGCUCUUGGCACGACCGCAGCACCUGGAGGCCCUGCUCAACAAGCACCUGUGCCUAUGGAACUCCUUCAUGACGACGGGCACGGGAACAGUAGUGCCUGUCCCGACGUUGGACAAGGAGAGCGCGAUAGGUCAGGAGAGUCUAUGGAGGCGCCAAUGGGUUCUGGUUUACGUAUUCGAGAACAAGCUGCAGCGGGGGGCUCUGCCUCCUCUGGGAGCGAACCUUCUGCUGGCGUAGCCAUGCGACACCACGACGUCAGAGAGGCAAUGAUGCUUGCUGAUCUAGAAGAAAUGCGGAACCACAAUAGAAAUGCGAAUGGAGCAGUACCUUCAGGAGGCGUAGCAAGUACUCCUCCACCCCAUCCAAUCGGUGCUGCGCCGCCUCCAGCAGGCGCUGAAGGUUUAGUGCUGGGUGGAGGGUCAUCAGACUUGAUGCUCAGUACGUAUCGAACACCAGAGGCUAAUUUCCGAGAAGCAAGGUGGCGUAAGAGGCAGAUGUGGGACUACGAGCGUGGUGAAUACGCGGGUUUGGAUCAUGCAGGUUCUCGUGCACCUCCUAUGGAAGAUGUUGAGCCAUCCUCUUCUAGUAGUGCGACGAGGCCAUCUCCUCCAGAGACGCGUCCGAGUCAUCAAGCUUGGUCACCAGCUGACGUGUCUGGGGUACCCACUAGUACGAACCCUACUUCUGUUAAUACCGGAGAUGGAGGAGCCUCGUCAUCUUCUUCCACUGCACCCCCACAAGGACAGCAACAAACAGAAGAACCCCUACCUCCUCAGCCUAUAGUACUACAACAACAAACAGUAUUAGAGCGUGAGCGUCUACUACCUCCACCCUCUAGGACUACUUCUGCAGGAGCAAGGGAUACGACAACGCAAUGGCUUGACGGCGUUCCAAUAGCGCAACAUGGAGGAAGUCCAGUAAGAAGGGCCGUCGCUGAACAAAAUGCAGCUGCGGCGAAAGAAGAAGCUGAGAGAGUCUUAGGUGGAGAUGUCAACUCGAACUAUCCAGAGACCAUAACGAGUAGUGCUGGUGAGGAGGUCGCUGCACCAGAACAAGAGGCUGCAGCGGCCGUACCGACAGCGACUCGUCAACAAGAUCCUCCUGGUGCAGCUCCGGCAGCUGCAACUGCGUCAAUAACGUCUUCACCACUUGCUGGCGUUGCUGGAGGAGCUCCUACCACAAGCAGUUCUGGAGAAGAGAAUUUGUCAGAAGUCAGUAUGCAGGGAUUGCCAAUGGCAACAGCGAACGCUCACAACAACUUUGCGCGUCUCGCACGACCGUUUCUUCACGGUGGCCCUGCGCUAGACGCAGAGGAUGAGCGACCUGAUGUGGUCCCGCCACGGCCUGGGCAGGGAGUAGCAGAAGUGCAGACACAUGAUGUUGGUGAAGAAGCUGCUGCGGGUCCUCUUCUUGAUAAUGCGGCUGAUGCACAGAUGAACAAUCAAGAGAACAUCAAUGUAGUCGCUGCGGCUGUCGAUGUUCCCAUUGUCGUUGGAGGAGCUCGUGCGGCUAACCGUGCCCGUAACGCUGAGGACAAUCUUGAUAUCAUGAUGAACAACUUUCUACGAAAUCGCGGCGCUGGUCGCGCAGGGAUUAACAAUCUUAACGGAAGGAAUGGGAACAACAACAACAACCAGGAUGAAGGACUCCAGCAGCGGCGUUACAAAGUUGUUAGGUGUAACUUUGUGAACAAGUUCACAGGAUUCGAAGCCGUUGACCAAGACGGGAGGAACGGAUUUUUACGAGCUAUUCGAUCCGGGUAUGGCGGUGCGACGCGGAAAUUGUUACAGUACUUGAUCAAGCACAGUGACAAGUUCGGUCCCGGGUUCCUGGAUGCUUGCGACAAGGAUGGAAAUAACAGUUUUCAUCAGGCCAUUUACCGUUGCUCGAUCGAAACAGUGGAGUUGCUCCUUCAUCACAAGCACAAAUUCAAGAAGGGCUUCAUCAGUGUGAAGAACAAGGCAGGCAACAACGCGCUUCUGUUGGCAGCAAGCUUCAGUGAGCCGAUAACGCGAAUGCUACUGGAGGAAGAGGAGUUUCAAUUUAUUGAUUCAUCAAAGGGGAAGAUGACUUCUAGUUCUAGUUCUUCUAGUACAACAACAACAGGUACAACAGGAGCAUCACGAUCUUCAGUGGAGCAGGAGAAAAGCUCAUCGUCGUCGAGUUCGUCAAAGCCUUCUCCUGAUCUUCAAGCAAGUACACGUACUACAACUUGCGUUGCCAAUGAAGUGAACAAAGAGGGCGUGAAUGCAUUUCUAAGGGCGGCUUCCAUGGGACGACUGGACAUUUGCCGCUUACUCUAUAACCAUCGCGCCUUUCAGAAAGAGGGCAUCAACGAGGUCGAUCGUCACGGAAACAACGCACUUUUGCUCGCUGCGGGCUAUGGGAACAUUGGAAUUUGCAACUUUCUGUUGAAUGGUGAAGCACGAGAUGUAUUCACCGGGAGCAUCAAUUGCACGAACAAGCGUGGGGACACGAUGCUUAUCGUGGCAGCAGAGAACGGGUAUGCUGAAUUUUGCCGCAGCCUAAGUGCGGAUCCGAGAUUUGGAAUGCAUUUCCAUCAAAACAACGACGGCCAAACGGCGCUUCUCGCGGCAGCCAAGCGCGGCUACGUCGGCGUGUGCGACUUCUUCGUGUCGAGUGACAAGUAUAGACUGGAAUUAGAAAUCGCGGACCGCUUCGGGAAUAAUGCCUUUCUCUACGCAGCUGCGAGCUUUCGCUUCGCUGAGGACUUGGAGCGGGUAUUUUUUAACAUAGUAGAUCCACGAAAUAACGGCGGGAUGAAUGAUCACGACAUUCUCCGAGGAGAUAAUGAUAACAUCAACAAUCGUGGUGGAUUAGCAGGUGUUGUAGGUGCUGCUGAUCUGGACGGAAUGAAUAGAGGCGGCGGUGGUUCGAACCCCAACUUUCUUGCAUCUGUUGCUCAUGUCCACCACCCUAAAGUAAAAGUGCAAAGCGAGCACUUGCAAGAUCCGUCGUUAAAAUUCAACCUGUCAUUCUAUCAAGCGGUGAACCACGAAGGUCGGAAUGCCUUACAUCUUGGCGCAGCCGACGGCGCCUUGCACAUUUGCCGCUUCCUACUGAGAAAAGCGGCUAUUUUAGGCCUUUCUAAGGGAACGCGCGAUGGACACGGCAACACUCCUUACAUGCUUCUCAAGGAGAUGAUGAUCAAAAAUCGAUGGGACAAAAACGCUCUGUACGUCGAUUUUCUGCGUGAAUUGGCUACAAGUACUGACGAGGACGACCUCUUAGACGGAGGCUUAGCAUCCUCAGCGUCGUCAGCUUCUUCAGCUUCAGGGUCGUCGUCCCAAGAUCCGCUGGGUACCAGAGCAGCAGGGGUCGAGGCGCUGUUCACAACAGGAGAAAGAGGACAAGGUCGCGACGCUGGAGUGGACACAUACGAGGGGAUGGGUGAACUCUAGUUUUCUACUUGCAUUUUACUUCAAGACAAAACAAUUAAUCUUGCACAAAGUUCAGUGCAGACUGCCUUAAGGAUUAACUUCAUUGAUUACUUUUUCGAUCAUUAGAAGGAGGUUUAGGACCUGCUGUUGAGGUUUAUUCGGAAAUCACAAGUACUUAUUUAUCCAAUCGUAACCGUUUUUCUUUCAUAACUUUUUCAACUACCAUGACAAACAAUCAGUUCCAGUAUUAAGUCCAAAUUUACGAUCAUGUUGGUCUCCAUGAAUAGCAUGGAAGACCCCAACACGAUGAACACUUCCAGAAAUCUGAGUACCCCAAUGUUGAACUCGAAGAUAGUACUAGUAGAACUGCCACAAGUACAAUUAUGAUGUUGUCCUCGUCGUGUGGUAACAAAUAUCACUAUAGCAAAAUUAUCGGCAUUAUCUUAGCUUGAACUGGUAGCUCCUCCAUGCUCUUCAGAAGAUAAGCACUUUUUCUUGCAGCUCCGAAGAUCAUCUAAAUUUGAGAGCUCGUUUUGUAUCUGGUUGAUCACAUUUUAAUAAAACGACCUGUGUUGCAUAGUGGUUGUAGAUUGACAUUCUCCGCUCGUCCCCCAUUCCAUUGUAACUUUUGUUUUGACCAUGUCAUUGAAAAUUUUGAUAUAUUCAUUGUUCUUGCAAGUCUACAACUCAGCGACCGCAAUCAAGUACUAGUAGGUAUGUUGUUUGAUGAACAGGUAAUUGCACAGAUUUUGUUCCGAUCAUUUUAAUAUUUAGAUAGCUCAUGUUUUGCACAGCGGGAAAAUCAUUCUAGAAAAAUCUUCGGACGGUGGUGAUCAGAAUUCCCGUCUAGUGGAAGCAGGAGCAGCUGGCUAUCGUGGAUGGAGGAAUUAUGCCGAGUUGCCGUACAGAUUACACAGAGUAGUUUUCUUACAUGAUAACAUGCUGCCCAUAAGAUACGAUACAUCUUCAACGUGCUGUUUGAAUUUCAAAAGGAAAGGUGUAGAAACGUAGCAUGAAGAACAACGAACAACCUCGCAGGACUGGAAGACUCCCACAUUUUCACCCUAACCCCUCUCCAUUGAAGGUGAAUCUCUUGAACAAACUGUCAUCGCGGUUCGUGUAUGCUAGAGCUCACCCAACUACAACAGCAAAUUGAU